UCGGCUAAUUCCUCAGUGAACGUGGUGGCAACACAAGAAAGAGAAAGAGAGCGCUCCAUGAAACGAGAGCGUUCGGAGGCUUAUAACUCUGCACAAAACCCGGAGCCCGAACCCUAUAUCUUAGCUCUUUUGCAGGAACGAACACAGAACAAAACGAAGAAAUAGAGAGGUCCAAGGAAGGCGGUGUGGAAUCUGUUGCAUCAUCCUCCAUCAGGUCGUCUGGAAGGCGGAAGCUGAGUCUCUUUUAAGUUUUUGAAAGCCGACCAGGGCAGGGCAGGGCAGGGCAGGGCAGGGCAGUGCAGGGCGGCAGACCCUCUGGUCUAAUGGGAAAAGAAUACCCGGACUCUCCUAAGAUCCACCAGAUGGAACUGAAGAAAAGACGUGUAACACAUAUAGUAUUUGUCACCGGCCUAUGCAUUUUAUUUUACAUUCUUGGUUCUUGGCAAAACAACACCACUCUCACUUUGAAUUCCAACUCCAAUUUGAAGAAAGUUGAAUGUGAAAAUGACUUUCCUCUUUCUGGAAUAGCAAAAGAAGAAACUCUUGAUUUUGAAGCUCAUCAUCAGAUAACCCUUGAAGAAACAACAUCAGCAAUUGAGAAAUUCCCACCUUGUGCCCCCAAUUUGACUGAAUACACACCUUGUGAAGAUUUCAGCAGGGGAAGGAAGUUCCCAAGGGAGAAGUUGGCAUACAGAGAGAGGCACUGUCCUGCAAAACAUGAGCUCUUGCUGUGCCUAAUUCCUGCUCCACCAAAGUAUAAAACUCCUCUUAGCUGGCCACAGAGCAGGGACUUUGCUUGGUAUGCCAAUAUUCCUCACAAAGAACUCAGUAUUGAAAAGGCAGUUCAGAACUGGAUCCAAGUGGAAGGUGAGAGGUUCAGGUUCCCUGGCGGUGGGACGAUGUUCCCUCUUGGUGCUGAUGCUUAUAUUGAUGAUAUUAAUACUCUCAUUUCAUUGGCUGAUGGAAAAAUCAGGACUGCGAUUGACACAGGCUGUGGAGUAGCAAGUUUUGGUGCUUACCUUCUGAAGAGAGAUAUCAUAACUAUGUCAUUUGCUCCAAGAGAUACACAUGAGGCCCAGGUGCAGUUUGCAUUAGAGCGUGGAGUGCCAGCUAUGAUUGGGGUGAUGGCCACUCGACGAUUGCCUUAUCCUGCUAGAUCAUUUGAUAUGGCUCAUUGUUCUCGGUGCCUAAUUCCUUGGUAUGAUUAUGAUGGUUUGUAUCUAAUUGAAGUUGAUCGAGUUCUAAGACCUGGUGGCUACUGGAUUCUGUCUGGUCCUCCAAUUCGCUGGAAGAAGUACCAUCGGGGUUGGGAAAGGACUCAAGAGGAUCUCAAGAAAGAACAAGAUUCAAUAGAAGAACUUGCUAAACGACUUUGCUGGAAGAAAGUGAUCGAAAAGGAUGAUCUUGCAAUCUGGCAGAAGCCCAUAAACCAUGUUGAAUGUGUAGAAAGCCGGAGAAUCUUCAAAACACCACACAUUUGCAAGGAUCACAAUGCUGAUGCUGCAUGGUACAAAGAAAUGGAGGCUUGCAUCACCCCAUUACCUGAAGUGAGUAAACUGGAUGAGGUAGCAGGCGGUAAAGUUGAGAGAUGGCCUGAGAGAGCAUUUGCUAUCCCACCUAGAAUAGCAGUGGGUUCAAUUCCGUCAUUGACUCCUAAGAAAUUUGAAGAUGACAAGAAGUUGUGGAGAGAUCGGGUGGAAUAUUACAAUAAAAUCAUCCCUGCUUUGUCUCAUGGGCGAUAUCGAAACAUUAUGGACAUGAAUGCCUAUUUGGGAGGAUUUGCAGCAGCUUUGAUGAAGUACCCUGCAUGGGUGAUGAAUACAGUCCCUCCAAACUCAGAUCAUGACACCCUUGGGGUAAUCUAUGAGAGAGGAUUUAUUGGAACAUAUCAUGAUUGGUGUGAAGCCUUCUCAACUUAUCCAAGAACUUACGAUCUCAUUCAUGCCAAUGCCAUUUUCAGUAUUUGUCAGGAUAGGUGUGACAUAACCUACAUUCUCUUAGAGAUGGAUAGAAUAUUGAGGCCAGAGGGUGCAGUGAUAAUCCGUGACACUGUGGAUGUCCUCACAAAAGUUCAGACUAUAACAGACAGGAUGAGAUGGAAGAGCAAGAUUAUGGACCAUGAAAGUGGACCAUUCAACCCUGAGAAGAUCCUUGUGGCCAUUAAGACUUAUUGGACUUUUGAUGCCUCUACACAAUAGUGAUUGAUAGAGGUUCAAUAAAGAUUCAUUCUGUUUCUUCCUAGAAAUCAGCAUGCAAAUUCAAAGCUGUUUUUUGUGCCUCUAUGGAGGUUCUCAUAUUCUCUUCUUCCAUUUUGCUCAUUUGGUUCUUUGAAAACUGUGGUGAGAGGAGAGAUGAUACAGAGAAAGAUCCAGAUAUCUGUUGUUUUAGAAUUAGAUGAAAUUCGAGAAAAUUAAAGUGGUUUUGGAAUUGUUUCAUUCACUACUGAUUUGAGAAUUCUAUGCUGUAGUUGUUAUUAGCGCAAAAUCUGAAGACAUGUUCAGUCUUUAAGUUU